AUGAAUAUUAGAUAAUUAGACAACAUUGUUUCAUGGCUUCUUUCUAAAUUCAAGUCUUCGCCCUAUAGAUGGAAUGAAUAAUAAUUGAAUUCCUUUUGUGAAUCAGUUGGGUUGUAAUGGGCUGUGUCAAUUAUUACUGUAUAUGACUUCAUCAAUAUUUAGAUAUAAGCCGCCCCAAAAUAGAGAUCUUACAAUAACUAAGAGGCACACACUCAUGCUAACAAACUAUAAAUUCCUCUGUUGGAUGCCUGUACAAGAUAGUAUGAAGAAAUAUUAGAAUUGUGCAAUGCUUUGGGCAUUUAUAAAUUGAUUAGUCAUUCUAUGGAUAUCAACCUUUAUUAUUAGAUUUAGAAAUUAAAGAUAUGGUCCCUUAUAGUCUUGAAAUAUCAGCAUUAUAGAGAGACGUUUAAGAAGCAUUAUGGAUCCAAAUUCUUUUCUACUUCUAAAUGUAAGAGUUGUACUGCUGAAAUCAGUUGUGCAUGUCAUAUAUUAAACAAUUUGUUAUGUGAAAUUGAGAUCUACAUUAAAAGUAUAUAUGAGCUGCCCAGUACUCAAAAUUAAAACAGAAGAUGUUCAAUGUAUAUAAGUUCAGACAUAAUCAAUUUAUUGUUAAAAUCUAUUUCACAUCUACCAUCAUAUGAUUAACAACCGCUAUUUUGGGACAUGGAUGAUAUUAAAGUUCUAUUGCAUGUAAUUAAAUUCCAAGAUUAUUACUAAUUGCUAUUCUAAAACUAAAUAGACGGGUUUAUUUUACUAAUUUUGGUCAAUCCACCUUUUAAGGGAGAUAAUCUAUUUUUAAAAUGUUUAUUAAUGAGUUAGCAAAAUUAAACAUAGAAAUCAUAAAAUGUACUCUAUUAAAAUCGAUAAAGUAUGGUUAGAAAUACUAUGUAGACUGCAAGCAAGUAUCAUUAAAUAAAUUAAUUUCUUCAUUUAUUACAUUAUUUAUUACAAAUAUUGAGUUUAGCAGCUUACAAAAAUUAGGAAUCAUACACUGAAUAUAAACAAUUGGGAUAAAGAAAAGUAAGUCAAAUCAGAUGGAUUUCCUUAUACUAUUUUACCAAAGACACGCAAGUAGGUUAAGCCAAUAGAAGAUCAACACUAACUGAUUAAUUUAAGAGAUCAUCGAAAUCAUAUGGAAAUGUUGAAGCUUAAAUGAAAAAUAGAAAUAAAACUGAAACUUUAGAUUAAUUUGAAAUUAAGAUUAUGGUGACCGAUCAAAGUUUAGAAUAGAUAAAAAAAUAAUUUAGUCAGCCUAAUGUUACACACUCUGCCUAAACAUCACCAUAUGUUUAAAGAGAUACAAAUUGGAUUAAAUUUAAAAAUUAAACUUUUAAUUAAUUCAAUGUUGAAGAUAGUGUUAAUAAUAGAAGCAGUUCAUUUUUGAUGUAUUUUGUUGUUUAAAUUAUUAAGAACAGACGCUGAUGGCAAUACACUUGAACAGGAAAGAGAUAGGCAGAACACAGAAACUCAUGUUUAAAUCGAUGAAGAAAUAUUAUCAGGGAGUAACGCGAAUCAGUCAUAAGAAGAACAGUCAUAAUAAUUAUCUAAUUAGGAAGAAGAACAAUAAGAACUUAAUGAUUAAAUGUAAUAAUCGGUUGCAUUCAUGGCAUAAUCAGUAUUAAUUUAAUAAUCUUAAUUAUAAUAAUAAUCAUAAUAAUAAUAAUAAUAAUAAUAAUAAUAAUAAUAAUAAUAAUAAUAAGAUAUGGGUUAAUCUGUUAUUUUAGGAUAACCAACGGUAAUGUCAUAAUCUACAAUGCUGCAGUAGUCAGUAAUGAUUUAAUAACCAACAACGAUGUAAUAGUCUGUUAUGAUGUAAUAAUCAACAAUGAUGUAAUAAUCAACAAUUAUGCAAUAAUCAACCAUGUUGUAAUAAUCAACUAUUCUAGAAAAGUCAAUCUAAAUUCAAUAAAUAAUUGAAUAAUAAGAUAAUUAACGAGUAGAGUACUUAUUAUAAAAUAAUUUUUAGAUUUAAUAAUAGAGAUCAAUUAAAGAAUAGAUAUUACAAAGAAUAGAAAAACUAACUCUUCAACCAUUAUUUGAUUUGUUUUAGCUUUAAUAAUAAACCCACUUGAAAUUGAAAUGUGACGAGUAAUAAAAAGUAAAUAUUAUUGUUAAAAUUAGUUAAAAGUUGUAAACAUCUAAGGAGCGAGUUUUGGCAGGAAUGAAGACUGCACGUUUGCCUUUACAGAUCAUUCUAAAAUUAGCAGCAAGCAUAGCUAAAUACAUUAUAAAGAUAGUAUCAUUUUUAAUAUAAAUUGUAAGAGGCAUUUUAUCUAGUUGAUGUAGGAUCAAAAGGUGGUACGUUUAUAAAAAUAAACCAUAAUUUUGUAAUUGAAAAAGAUAUGUCAGUGUAUAUAGGAAAUCGAUUUGCAUUUAAAAUAAUUGACAUCAACACAGAGACAGGAUUUUUGGAAGUCAGGUAUGAACAUGAAGGAACAGCAAAGCACAAAUAAAUAUAAUUAAAAAGAGGUGAUAAGUUUUUAAUAGGGAGAGAGAGAUCCAAAAAUAAUUUUACAUUUAUGCAUUCUUAGUAAGUUUUAUAAUAAAGGAUUUUAGAUGCAACAGAUUAAUGAGCGCAAAACAUAUGGAAAUUUAUUAUGAUUAUAAUUUUAAGGCAGGAUCAGUUAAAUUGAUGAUAAAUGAUUUGGAAAGCAAAAAUGGAACUUGGUUAAGAUUGAGUGAGAAACAAGUUGUUAGUGCACCUUUUCAUUUAUAGAAAGGAGUAAAAUUUAAUCUAUCAUUUGAACUGAUGUUUGAUGUCUUUGAAUUGGUUUGUGAUGUAUGAUU